AUGUCAGGCUGGACGUUCAAGAACACGAAGCAGCCGGUCCCCUCGCACGAGGAGCUGGCGAGCAGCUUCACCGUCAGAGCACCGCCGUCCACAGACAUAUGGGCCAAACCGCCCUCGACUUACCGUUUCAGUGCCCCCAUACUCUACAAGACCAUGCCUCUGGCUUCCUUUCAGCGAGCUCGCGUACGAGUCUCAGCCAAGUGGACGACGCUCUACGACCAAGGAGGCCUGAUUCUGGCGCUUAACCGACCAAGCGAACAUGGACACGACCAUGACCCCGACAAGGACAGGAAGUGGAUCAAGGCAGGCAUCGAGUUCGUCGAGGGAGUGCCGCGGUGCAGCACUGUCGCAAGGGACCGAUGGGCGGACUGGAGUCUGUCUCCUCUCCCGGCCGGACAGGGCGGCUCUGGCGAAGGUGCUGACGAAGGUGACGCGGUCGGCGUGACGAUCGAGAUGGAGAAGAGGGCUAGGGACAAGACGCUGUGGGUGUAUGCGGUUGGCCAGGACGGUUCGAGGAUGCCGAUGCGGGAGGUUACCUGGCUGUUCGAGGACGAGGAGCAGCUCGAGUGCUGGGUUGGCGUGUACGUCUGUCGGCCGUCGUCAGAGUCCGGGCUGGGCGACCUCUCCGUGUCCUUCUCCCAGCUCGAGGUCUAG